ACCGGAAAAACGCACUUGCGCUCUGGUGUCAGCUAACUUGUCUGGGAUCUGGUAGAGCAACAAAGCUCUCCAAAUGAGUCGUGUUUAUAGCCGUGUUUUCCAUGGUAUCGCUUAACAAACUGCAGAUAAUAGCCCACAAGGAGGUCUCUUGGCGCAGAUGAGCGGAGACUUUUAGCCCGGUAGCUAACGCUAGCAUAGCAGCAUGGGGGAUAGCAUUACUCCCAGAUUUGGCAACAUGAAGGCGUUACUUGGGAUAGUAGCUGGGGCAGGCGCUUCUUAUGGUCUUUACAAACUGAUUAGCAGCGGUAGCUUUAGGAAAAGCAGGAAAGGCACUCGAAGUGACAGCUCUAAUGUGAGUACAGUGAGCCUUCAGCCUGGGAGCUUGCUGGCAAAAGUGUCGGGACUGGAUGUGGUUUGUGCCCGACCUGUUACUUCCAAGACUGUGGAUGUUGCAUCAGCUGGCCACUUGGAGCCGAAGCACCUAAAGAUGCUGCUGUCAUGCUUACAGUCCAGCAACAAUCAAGAUGACAAAUGCCGGAUACUACUUACUUUAGGGAAUGCUUCUGCCUUCACUGUAAAUCAGAAUCUCAUCUGUGAAUAUGAGGGGAUUCCAAUUAUAGCUGGUUUUCUUUCUGAUCCUGCUGCAGACGUGCGAGUGCAGUCAUUAAUUGCUUUAAAUAAUCUCAGUAUGAACAUUCAAAACCAGGAGCAACUAACGGUGUAUGUCCCUAAAGUUUUGGAGCUUAUUGAAACAUCACCAGUGAAUUCUGAACUUCAGCUGUGUGCACUCAGAUUGUUGACAAAUCUCUCAGUCACUGACAAGCACCAGCACUUGUUAAAGGAUUCUAUCAAACUUUUACUGUCGCUGUUUGUUGUGAGCAAUGAGACGUUACAGGUUCAGACCUUGAAAGUUCUAGUAAAUUUGUCUUCUAAUCCAGAUAUGAUGGAUGACAUUGUUCAGGUCCAGGCUCCAGCCUCUGUGUUGCUUCUGUUUGACCCCAGGACAGUUCCAGCAGUGCUAGUGCGUCUCCUCACGUUUGCAGGGAACCUUAAAGCUUGGCGGCCUUCGGCCCAGGUGGCUGCUGAGUUAAGGCAGAAGCAGGACUCUCUGUUCCGGCUCAUGUUAGAUGAGUCGUCCCAGCUCCAUAGCAGAGUGCUUCCUCUUUUGUCACACCCUGAGGAGGAGGUCAGGGUCCAAGCAGCUCGAAUCUUAACAUAAACUUCUGCCUCAGCCAUUUGAAGUUGUUUGAAUCCAGGAACUACUUGUGCUAAGUAUUUGCCAAAGCCACCACAGACAGACCCUCUCCGUUCGUCACUUACCGAGUUAAUCAUGUGGUCUAUUUAUAUUGGCUAUAUUAGGGAUGUAACGACAUGGACAUGGCAGUAUGACAUUAUCAUAUACUGGUGAAAUCCUUUUAUCUUACAACAAAUCAAAAGGUAUCUUUUUUGGUAGAGUGGCAUGAUUAACAAAAUUCAGUUAGUUGAUGAAUUCACUAGUUGACCAUAGUUUUUUGCUUUGUUUAAUUCAGAGCAUUUAUAUGCAUUAAUGCCAUUUGUAAUAACUCAUAGUAAAACCAUUAUUGCACUAUUGCUUUCAGGGGACAGAAAAAAGUAGCAUUUCUUCAAUACUCAAACCUUCUGUAAAAAUGUUCUUAAAUAUUUUAUUGUACAUCAUAUUUGGAUGGAUUGAAGCAUAAUUAAACUCAUAUGUUUUUACACAGUACACAUAUAUGUUGACCUGUCGUCUAAAAGACCUCAUGUUUACCUAAAGGCCAAGCACACUGCCAUUUUGUACUGGAUUACUAUAAUUUGUAAGCCAUGAUGCAACUGACCAUCCCUCUGUAUUUUUGUUUGCUGAUCAUACUGAGAAUGUACUACACGCAUCUUGAUGUAUGGAUAAAGUACUUUAAUUUUUAAUAAGAAUACAUUUAUUUUUAACAGAAAAAGUACAUAGCCAGUAUGUGUACUGUACAAGAUUUACCAGAAAUUUAGGUAAGAUCGAAGAUGUGGUCAAGCUGUUAAAUUUCAAUUACCCGUUUAUUCUCCUGUGUCAUGUGUUUGAGGAAAUAGCUCAGAAUGGAUUUUUGUCAGACAAAUGUUUUUUGGUGUUGCAAUGUGAAUGUAAAAGCUGUCCUUCUCAGGCAUUACAGCUGGGCAAUAUUUAUUUUUUGUUUGAUAUUUUAGAGAAGUAUUUGCUUAUAAAAAUAUGAAUAUAUGGUUUUAAAUAAAACUGACAAUAUUUUUUCCAA